AUCUACUUAGCAGUUAUCAACAUCAUUAUCAAUAAUUAGAUGUAUUAAAUCGAUUAAAUUAAUUGUAGUAAACAAUUAUUUUUUAGAUUUACUUUAUUUCUUACAUAACAAUAAAUAUUUAGUACAAUGGAAAAUGAAUAAUGAUGAUAUUAAUACUUAUUUGCCUUCCAUUUUAAAUCCAAGAGCGGUCAAAAUAUUCAACAAGGAUAUAUCACUUACUCAGAAUUCAACAGUCAGUCGUUCAUCUUUGACACUAAAACGAAACAAUACAAACAUUAAUGUCAACAACAGUAUAAACCAGGAUUAUAGUCUUGAUAAAGAAAAUUUAAGAAACAAAAUAAAUUGUUACCCAACUGUUGUACACAAUGUAGGGCAACAGAAAAAUAUUUCUGAUGUAAAUUCAUUAGGAUUUUCAGCUAUAGAAGACAUAAACAGUAUAAAUGAUGAUUUUUCUCUAAGUAGUUUUCCUUUAAAGUUAGAAAUCCCUAAUAAAAAUAUCGAUACUAAAGACAUUUCUGUAUUAUCAAUUCCAUCAACGCCUGAAUUACACAGAGAGAAAAGUAUUGAUAGUGAUAAAACUAUUAUUUAUGACGUACAUGAAAAACCAGUAAUAACUCUUUCUUUCUCUGUUUCGAAUUGUGAUAAUGUUGACAUAAACACAAAAAAAAGUCACAUAAAAAAAAUAGUAUUAGCACAUAAUAAAACAGACAUAGAUGUAGACUGUGAAAUUUUAGAAGGUUCGGAGUUAUCCGAAGACACAAUAAAUAGUAAUAUAAAUAUGAAUGACUCUUUACUUUCAUCAAAACGAAAAGCAGUCUCUGUCAACUUAGAAAUUAAAAAACAAAAAGUGACAGGCACAGAAGAAAAACCCGAGAAUACGAAAAUUCUUAUUUUGAACACAAAUGCCAUUGAGAAACUUACACACAUUAUAGUCCAACCACCAAAUUAUAAAUUAGUGAAACGGAAAAUUAUUGAUACCGAUAAUUACAUUAACUCGAAACAAAAACCUUCUUAUGUGUCUGUUAUUAAGCAUGGGAAACAUGUUAAAAAUGAACAUUUGAAGCAGAAGUCUAUAGACACUUACUUAAAAAGUAAUAACACUUCGAAAAUAGAGCCCGUGGUUCCUGUAAAGGAUUCUGAGUCAUUGGGUAAUGAUGCUCCUGCAAGUGUGUGUCAUGCUAAGAAACUAGGGCGUAACGAUGCGCAGGAAAUGAACAGGAAUUCAGUGGUUGCAGAUUUAAUUGGACGGACAUCACAUAAGCAAUGUCCUGAACCGUCAAGAUCUCCACGAAUUUCAUUGCCACGAUCACCAUCUCCGAAGCGGGAGGUGAAGUCAUCAAUUUCUGAAGCACAACGGGCUUCCUCGUCAAGAUCUAAAAAGGACAGUGCGGGGUCUUUGUCGCCUAGGAGAAAUAUAGAUUCCAUUCACUUCACGCUUCCAGUUAAGUCUAAGUCGAAUAAGACAUCAGCCGUUGCGCGUAACAUUCCCUACCAUAAAAUUGUAACAGGGACACAUUUUGCCGUUGAUGCAUUUUCUUAUGGAGAAAUUCCAAACAUUAAACAUUAUUUCUUAACUCAUUUUCAUUCUGACCACUAUAUGGGACUUAACAGAAAUUUCAAUAAAAUGUUAUUUUGUUCCAAAAUAACGGCGGAUUUAUGCGUUUUGCGUCUAGGAGUGAGUUUUAAACGUGUUCAUAUUAUAAACCUCGAUGAGACGAUUGUAAUCGAUGGCGUGGAGGUGACAGCGAUCGACGCGAACCACUGUCCCGGUGCACUCAUGUUUGUGUUUACGUUGCCAAAUGGAAAGAGCAUUCUUCAUACCGGUGAUUUCCGUGCCUCUGAUAUCAUGGAAUCUUAUCCAGUAUUUUGGAAUAAAGACGUGCACACAAUUUAUCUUGACACUACAUAUUGCAACCCACGUUACGAUUUUCCAAAACAAGAUCAAAGCUUAGAGAUGGCAUUAAAUCUGCUUCGCGAGAAGAAAACAGCGCUCGAAAAGGUCGGGAAGAAGUUUUCUUCCGUACUCAUAGUCUGUGGCACAUACACCAUCGGAAAAGAGAAGUUCUUCCACGGCAUGGCACGUCGAGUGGGCUGCACUGUGUGGGCGUGUCCCGAGAAGGACCUCGUGCUGCAGACGGUUGAAGGUCGCAGUUUUAGCCUCGUGCCCCCCCAGUCGUGUCAGCUGCAUGUCGUGCCAAUGCGGGAUUUGACUCAUGAGAAAAUGCGAAGUUAUCUGGCUAAUCUGAAGGGAGCAUUCAGUGAGGUUGUGGCGUUUAAGCCAAGUGGCUGGGAAAACGGCAAGAGUCCAUCCGUUGAAAAAGACUCGGUCACUAUACAUGGUAUACCGUACAGUGAACACUCUAGCUUCUCUGAAUUGAUUCGUUUCGUCAAAUUUCUUAAACCGAAGCAAGUUAUUCCGACUGUCUAUAUAUCCGGAGGUAUAAAAGCUGUGCAGAAAUAUUUCCCGUGUCCGUUGAUAAGCAAAGAAGAUAUCCAUUGUCAGAGCAAAUUAACGGAUUAUUUCACUAUACAGAACCAACAGCAAGUUCCCGCCGUCACUUAAAUAUUUAGGUCAGUAAUUGUAUCAUUGAAAAUGUACAAUAUAUAUAUGUAUAUAAUAUAUUAGAAAUGGCUGUGUAUGUGCUGGUUCGAAUGCACAAAUUAGAGAUAUAUUUUCGAUAAGAUUCGGGGAUGCCAUCUUAAAAAAAAUAAGUUAUUUUAAAAUCGCAAAAGAAGGUCGCAUUGAGUGUCGUUUUUUUAUGAUCGUUAAAAUGAAUGUAUGUCAAACGGAAAUAAGUUGCGUAAAAAUCGUAAACAGUUUUGACGAAAUUGUGUACGAAUUAUUUUUAAAUCGACGAUCAAUAUAAACCGUCAGACUGAAUACUAUCGUGAUUACCAGGGUUACCGCAAAAAAAAAGACAGGUCGGUUAUAUUUGGAUAGAUGGCAGCCCUUUUAGCCUAGUAUAGUCUGUGCUAAAGCGCACUUUAUUCUCGAUUGUAGUUACCGUUAUUUAUAGCUAUUUAGUUAAACUCGUACUUUUUCAUUAUAAGGGAGUGUCCAUAAACCACUUGGUUUCGUUAUAAAUUCCUCAAGACCGAGGUCUAAUACAAAGUUAUAUUACUAUUCAAAGUCUCGAAUAUUUCUCAUGAUUUUGAGUAAAUCUUUCAGUCCAGUGCCUCCCUUACUGACACGUUAAUCUAUGGACGCUCCCUUAGGGCCAUGAUAGAGCAAUCGCCCGGAGCGCUGUAUGCAGCUAAAUAUAGUGUUACGUUAACGGUAUGGUAACUAUGUUUUCUCAAUAAAUAUGGCUGAAAUUGAAAAACUCCAUUGUUCAUUUUGAAUAAUAACGGAACGCAUUUUCCUAGUUUUGAAAUUCGAAGGGAAAUGGUUACACCAGCGCUUAAAAUUUACAAUGCGCCCGGGGUGCUUGAACAUGGCCCUUUGCUGCUCGAUUACCAUAUUCAAGAAAGGAUUAAUUCUGCUAACGGAUAGUAGAUUUGUAUAUGUAAUUCAGAAGCUACUAUGAGUUCGCUCUUUGAGGAUUAGAAAGCUACAAAUAACAGAUAUUCAUGAUGACAGAUAUUAGUAAAUAAAUAAAUAAAAUUGCAUAUACCUAGUACACAAAAAAAAUAAAAUCUAAUUCUAAAGGAAAACAAAUCAUAUCUUAAAUAUAGUAACCGAGCUUUAGACUAUCAUGGUAUUAUCUGUAUGUAAUUAGUCGAAUGUAUAUUGACAUAUAUAAUAGAUAUAAUUAGUGAUAAUUAGCAAUUAAAGCGCAGCUAUUGUCAAAGACAAACUCUAAAUGCAUUUGUAUUUCAUAAUAUUUCGUAUAUAAAAGAGAGAGUAAAAAAGAAUAUUACCACAUUCAUUUUUUAAAUAAUAAUCGUUUGCAACAGAUUAUUUAUGUCAGGGAGCUGGCGAGAAAAAAAUCUCUAUGAUUUGGUCACGUGGCAAACAUUAUUAAUAGCGCUAAAUGUGCCAUUGGAAAAUUUUAGCACCGCGUUUAUCUAUGGUAGCGGUGCAUUGUUACGGCACUUCGAAUUUGUAAUAAAGGUGCCCGAAUGUUAUUUGUCCAUAUGUCCUUCUGACGUUGAUAAUUUUGGUAAAAGGUUGUAAAAUUGUCUAUGGCUAAAUAUCAUUGUAUCUGAUUAUAGAUUUAAUUUGACAGAGUUUGGGGACUCUGCGGUAUUAAUCAAUAAAAAAUGUAAAAUGUACUUAGUAACUAAACAUCAUUACGAGCUCAAUAUUAACUCAAUUAAUAUAUAAUUUUAUUUGUUAUUUAAAAUAGUGAAAUAACGGGCAUACUAGGGUGCAAACACUACAGGCGUUUGAAAUGUCUGUCAGGAUGUUGCUUCCAUGAGGCAUCAUGUUAUAUAUGGCUCAUCGAUUUUAUUCCUUUCUUGAUUUAUUUGGCCAUUAGCUCCAGAGGCUUACAUGAGUAAAUUUAGCACUUUUCUCAGUUACAAAUUGGAGGUGCUGUAACUCGAAAAUACGACGAUAGAUCUGAAUUAGACUAAAUUGAUUCAUAAUGAUCUGAAAAUUAAUCGCUCUUUUUAUGGGACACAUGAGCAAAUCAUAUACUGAAUAGCCCGUUAGCUCUCUGACCACAAAUUACAUGUACUGUCAUUCUAUAGUCGUAAAUGAUUUUGUAUAUCAUUUGUAGAUUUUAUUUACGUGACAACACAUAAACAACAAUGUAAUGUUAGUAAGUAUUUUUUUGUGAUAUUGUUUUAAUUUAAUGUGCCAUAAUUUAAAUAAAUGAAAUGCUAACAGUACAUGAUUUAAGAAAUAAAUGAAGCGUUAUAAGCUAGCCACACACUUACGGGGCGCGUAUUGUCCACACUACGCUGGCAACUCCAUUCAAUACCUAUUUGAAAGUGUUGGGAAAUAAUCCAAAUGAUCAAACUACCUACGAAUUUCACAGAUAUGCGGUUAGUAAACCGUUGAGUUAAUUACGGGUUAUGUGGCUAUAAUUAAUCAAAGAAUUAUUUUUACAGUGAUAUGUAGUGCCAAGUAUAUUUUUUUAUAAUGGCAACAUUAGAAAUAUUUUAUUAAAUGGCCGCCUGGUAUGAGACCCAAUGCCUGUCACCCCUAAAUGCGUUAAAUUGAUUUGUUGAAUGUUUCAUUUCAGGUACAAUUAAAAUAUUAUUAAGUUGACUUAUUGACUGUGAUGUUGUUUUGAUAUUUAUUUUUUUAUAUUAUAUUUUAUAUGACAUUUAUUUGUGAUUUAAAUAAAAGUCUCUG